GUUGGGGGCUAAAACAGACACUUUCAUCAACGCAAGAAGACGAGUUUCAUCAAGGCAUGAGAAAGGGGUUUUAUUAAUGCAAGAAAGGGAAGUUUUAUCGAUAUACGAAAGACGAAAAGGGAGUUUCAUCAACGUAGGAAGAAAAGAGAGGCCGGAGUAUUUGCUAGGUUUUGGAGCAACGGAAUGGAGAACAAGAGAGAGAAAGGGGAAGCCGGAGUAUUCAAUGGGUUUGGGAGUAAAAAUGCGGCGAAAAAGAGGAUGGGAGGCUACGUAUUUGAUCGAUAGGGUGGUAAGCAGGAGAGCAGCAUUCCACCACCAUUAUAGGUGAUGGCACAUACCUUCGGUGAAUCAUCGUCAGAUUGUAGACGUCACGACCCGAACCUUUGGUGCUGUGGCAAUGGGGGGGAGCAAUAUGACACGUUUCUUUGUCGAACGUUUAUAAGGGUCUUACCCCUAUCUCGGACCCUUUCCCUCUCCUACCUCUCUAGAUAUUCUAUCCGAGAGCUAUUGCCAUCCAUCACCGUUCCUCCUCAGCAUAUGGGCGAUGCCAUCCCUGGUGUUUCUCUCCCACCCCGACAACAUGGAUCCCUCCUGAACUGCGGCUCCUGUCUCCGGGGAAGCACCCGGUCCCCCAAGCCAACCCCGACCACCACACCCAACCAUCCCAUCAACAGUGUCAUCCAACCCAGCCACCUCAACCCCCGACCUCCCCGCCUCGAAAACACCGCGCUAUCUCCCCUUCGCCCUCUGAACCAUCUUUGUCAUCUAACGAAGACACGCACGCAUCAUCAGCAACGAGCCCCAACAACAACCACCAAGCAUCGGAGGGGGAAGACGUACCGACCCCUUGUUGCGCAAUCGCCUUCACCCUCGCACCAGCGCCAGCGCCAGCACCUCCGCUCCCACCUCCACCUCCGCCACCCUUCCCGCUCCCGGUCUUGCUUCCAGCCGUCGUUGUUGUUAUGUCUGGCUCGGGGGGGUAUGGGACCUGGGCUGCUGAAGCCGGAGACAUCGUAGCCUGACCGGGGCAUCGUUGGUUGGUAGGUGGUGGGUGAUGAGUUAAAGAGGAGGGAGAGAGGAGGGGGGGUGGGGGGAUGAGCUCUGCUGGGUGUGGUAUGUAGUAGGGUUUGAGGGGGGCCGGGUGUGAAUAGUAAGAUGUUUGUAGUCGAUGGGCAGGUAAUGUGUCGUCGAUGUUGAUGAUGAUGAUGAUGAUGAUGAUGAUGGACUAUACCCAUGUCCAGUAUCUGACCUCAGCUAGAUGAUUGUG